CACCUUUUCCCGGCCUCCGCAGCCAGACCUUGACACAAAGGACAUCAAACUGCCGAGGGUAAAAACCCCGGAAGGGCGGACACAUCCACGUCGCCUUUCGCCACCUUUCCCUUUAUCUGCGGAGAUAUUUAUUGAGUGUCUACUGUGUGCCAGGCACUAUAUCUAUGUGCAUAGAAAAACCCUGGAAGGCUAUACAACAAUAUAUAUAGAGUGAUCGUCUCUGCUUGCUGAGGGGUGUCAAGCUUCCAUUUUUGGUAUCUACUUCUAAAUACACUCAGAACAGUAGAAAUUUGGACUAAUUUUCAAACUACAGAUACUUUCUAAUCAUGAUGCAUUUCAAAAGUGGACUCGAAUUAACUGAGUUGCAAAACAUGACAGUGCCUGAAGAUGAUAACAUUAGCAAUGAUUCCAAUGAUUUCACCGAAGUAGAAAAUGGUCAGAUAAAUAGCAAGUUUAUUUCUGAUCGUGAAAGUAGAAGAAGUCUCACAAACAGCCAUUUGGAAAAAAAGAAAUGUGAUGACUAUAUUCCAGGUACAACCUCCUUAGGCAUGUCUGUUUUUAAUCUAAGCAACGCCAUUAUGGGCAGUGGGAUUUUGGGACUCGCCUUUGCCCUGGCAAACACUGGAAUCCUACUUUUUCUGGUUCUUUUGACUUCAGUGACAUUGCUGUCUAUAUAUUCAAUAAACCUCCUAUUGAUCUGUUCAAAAGAAACAGGCUGCAUGGUAUAUGAAAAGCUGGGGGAACAAGUCUUUGGCACCACAGGGAAGUUCGUAAUCUUUGGAGCCACCUCUCUACAGAACACUGGAGCAAUGCUGAGCUACCUCUUCAUCGUAAAAAACGAACUACCCUCUGCCAUAAAGUUUCUAAUGGGAAAGGAAGAGACAUUUUCAGCCUGGUACGUGGAUGGCCGAGUUCUGGUAGUGAUAGUUACCUUUGGCAUAAUUCUCCCUCUGUGUCUCUUGAAGAACUUAGGGUAUCUUGGCUAUACUAGUGGAUUUUCCUUGAGCUGUAUGGUUUUUUUCCUAAUAGUGGUUAUUUACAAGAAAUUUCAGAUUCCCUGCAUUGUUCCAGAGCUAAAUUCAACAAUAAGUGCUAAUUCAACAAAUGCUGACAUGUGUACGCCAAAAUAUGUUACCUUCAAUUCAAAGACCGUGUAUGCUUUACCAACCAUUGCAUUUGCAUUUGUCUGCCACCCAUCAGUCCUGCCAAUUUACAGUGAGCUUAAAGACCGAUCACAGAAAAAAAUGCAGAUGGUUUCAAACAUCUCCUUUUUCGCCAUGUUUGUUAUGUACUUCCUGACUGCCAUUUUUGGCUACUUGACAUUCUAUGACAACGUCCAGUCAGACCUCCUUCACAAGUAUCAGAGUAAAAAUGACAUUCUUAUCCUGACAGUGCGGCUGGCUGUCAUUGUUGCUGUGAUCCUCACAGUGCCAGUGUUAUUUUUCACGGUUCGUUCAUCUUUAUUUGAACUGGCUAAGAAAACAAAGUUUAAUUUAUGUCGUCAUAUCGUGGUUACCUGCAUACUCUUGGUUGUUAUCAACUUGUUGGUGAUCUUCAUACCCUCCAUGAAGGAUAUUUUUGGAGUCGUAGGAGUUACAUCUGCUAACAUGCUUAUUUUCAUUCUUCCUUCAUCUCUUUAUUUAAAAAUCACAGACCAGGAUGGAGAUAAAGGAACUCAAAGAAUUUGGGCUGCCCUUUUCUUGGGCCUGGGGGUGUUGUUCUCCUUGGUCAGCAUUCCCUUGGUCAUCUAUGACUGGGCCUGCUCAUCGAGUGGCGACGAAGGCCACUGAGACCCGCCAAGAAAAAGAAACAGCCCUGUUGUCUGCUCAGUCAAGUCCCCACACAUCAGCAAUCUCUCACCACCUAUUCUGCAAGUUUACAGAAGCAAACAGAAAUGUACAGAAUGCUUAAAAUGGAAUAAUACUUUGGUUGCAAAACAGAGACGUGUUUCUAUAAUGCUUCAUGUCCCUCCAAGAUUUGGGAUCAAUUUAGGGAUUGUGAAUUUUUUUUUCAAUUUUCAUACAAUCAUAUUUCCCAGUACUUUUCACAGUCAUUUUUUACCCGUCUCACUCUAUGUUUUGUGGCUUCCCAGUCUCUUAGAACUUUGGAAACAUGAUAUGCAAUCAUGUUUAUUUAUUAUACAUCCAGAUUCUGAAAUAAUUUUCCUACUGAUGUUCAGCUCACACUAUCUGUACCUUUUUAGAAAAGAAAAGAAUCUUGAAUUGUAUAUAUUUAUUUUGCUUUACAGAAAAAAAAUGGUUUCGUAAAUAAUUUGCCUAUUUUGGUUAACAUAGCACACAGAGAUAAUCAUCUGAAAGUUAUAGGGCACUGCCACUGCUGAAUCAGAGCAUGCCCAAUAUUUGAGGUGGCUCUGAUCGCCUGGCAGCUGAGCUCGGGUAGUCCAGUGGACUAGCUGGUACCACAUCUAUUCCCAUCCAGAGACAUUCUCUGGCAAGUGUUCUCAGCUGAAAAGUGGUUGGGGAUGAUUCUUACCUUGGUAAUUAAAUGAAGCUACACAUUUGGGUAAUCUAGCAAAUGAAGUAUUGUUUCCCUCUUGGCAACUUGUGUCAGAGUUACUCUGGUCUGAGUCAACUUUCGCUGGGGAAAACCUGUGGAACCCACUGCAAAAUGACUGUCCAAAAUGCCUAAGAAAAUACUACUCUGAUGCGUUUAGCCUUCAACCCUGUCUCGCUGAAGGGAGAAAAAUGUUUUAGUACAUUACAGGCCUAGCAGUUUUUAUUCAUGUCCACCAGCUAGUUGCACAGAGAAUCAUGUGUACCUAACUAAGGAUGAUCUAGGAUAAGUAACUCCUGUUUUAUAUUGAGUACUUUAGGGAAGUCUUUAGAAGACUUGUUUUAUAUCUAUAAAUCUAGGUUAUUACAAAUACAAGAUUUUGUACCUUAAAUAAGCCUCAUUUCCAUUUCUUCUUCAUUAAUUCUCCAUCUAGUCUUGUGGAAAAAAAAAAACCCUCAGAGAUAGUCUUUGUGAAGAGCUUCUGACAGAAUCACUGAGUACCUUCCUUCCCCCAGAUGAGGAAGACAAGGGGGGUCUCAGUGUCUGUGCUGUCUCCUCUUCUCUUCCCCAAUCAAGGACUGUGCCAUUACUGCCCAUCUCCAUUACUGUCCAUGCAGGAGGACAGAGUUGCCUGGUACUCUUAUCCUAGUCCCUCUCCUAAAGGGAGCACGAGGAAACUGAAGAGACUGAAAAAGAGGAGAGUUUGUAGCUGAAAAAGGAAUAGGGAUAGCAAGGAAAUCCAGAACUGCAUUCCCCUAAGUGGGGCCAUGCCCUGUGAUUGAAUUGUCCAUAGCUUGCAUAUGGUGAGAAAUGUGCAUGCUCCGUGAGCUGGUCUCUUGAAACAGGACUUAUGUUUCCUCUAUAUUCUGGUUGAAUUUUCCAUACACAUAAGUUCACUGAGCACAGAUUUCUUAUCCAGAGAUAAGUAGAAUCUAACUGCAGACUGUUUGCAGAGUUUCCAGGCACUUAGCCAUAUUCUCUUCCUGACUCAAAUCCCCAAAGGCCUUCACUCUCACUGAGAAUCACACUAAUGUCCCAUAGAUACGGCAGGCAUUGAAGCACUUGUCGUGAUCCUCUUGGGGGGAGAAUGAAAGGUUAUUUCCUGCAUUGCAUCGUCAUAGCUUUUAAUAUAAUGCUACAGAAUCAUAUCCACAUUAGGCCAGAGUUCAGAUAUCUAGAUAUGAAUACCUACCCUAGCCAUAUCUAUGGUCAUCUCUGUCCUUUUCAGCAAUGUUUUCCAUAUUAUAUUAGCAAUGACAGAAACAGAACAAGCCAAGAUUCAGUCGGUUCUUGGGAGCUUGUCUAGAGCACCAGUAAUGAAAUAGCCAGGAAGUGGGAUGACCUUACCUUUAAAAAUACAUAAUUUAGUUCACAAGCUAUAUUAUGCUACUUUCUAUUUUCCUCAUUACUUUAUAGCAAUUCAUUUUACACUCACAAAGUCAAUUUAGAACAUUAUCAUUAACUGGGAUGUGUAGGAUAUUUUUGGGCCUCUGGGUUUCAUGUGUCAAUACAAGGAAUAUUUAUUUAAAAUAGAUUUGUUUAGAGGAGGCACACUGUUGUUGCUGUGUGUGAUGCCACACAUAUUUUUAAAAACCUUUGUAUGUUUAUCUAAAUUUGUUGUUGACUGAAUGUAAUAGACCUACUGUAAUUUGUCAAAUAUCACUGAUUAGUUACAUCCUUUGUGUGGGAUUAGCUGUAAAGUAUACUGCUCUUAUUCUUGUUCAGAAUAGUGAAUUGGUAGCCAAAAAUACAUGUAUCACAGAUGUUAGGUCGAAUUUAAACAGCACAGUCAAGUGCUCUGGAAGUUUUUCUGCUAAAUUAGUAGGUUAAAGAAUACUAUACCUUAGCCAUGGGGAGCAGCACGUUUUCCUUUGGUAGGUAGGAUCUCUAUACUAGUGAACAGUGCCAGUUUCACACUUUGGAUUUAGAACUGUUCUCUAGUUAUUGUAACACAGAAUACUGUCAAUUCCUAAUUUACUUAAUGUUACUUAUUGGAAGUGGGGCUGUUGAAAUAUGCACAGGAGGGAAACCUACUCUGUUUAGGCACAGGGAGCCCCAAUAUAUAAGGAGAUCAUAUUCCAAAAGUUGUCAGUUGAUUGUUUGCAACCUGGAAUGUAUUUUCCUUUAGAGACCAUGUUAUCCACGGUGGUUAGGCCCCUAGAGCAGCUGGAAAAGAUGAUCAAACCCAUAGUUUAGCUGAAAUCGAAUAAUGUAAUAGGUUUGCUAAAGAAUCGAACCAUCAAAUAUAACAUUGUUUCCAGGGAGGGUGUUUGUUCAGAGUUGCCUGUUAGUAGAAUCUGGACUAUCCAUCCCAGCCACAUCCCACCUACUGAACAGUGGGGGUAGAGAUGCCACCGGAUUAUAGGUGACCAGAGUGGCCUGAAACAUGGUGUCCAGCAAAAAUGGGGAGGAAUAAGUCCAUAACUGCCAGAGAGCCUGAUGGUAGGAGGAGGGUGAAGGAGGGUGAAGGGACCUCUCACGGGUCAGAAACCUCCAGGGACAUCUGUCAGCUGCUACCUCUGCUGUUGUCUGGAGGGUUCAGGCAUGGUCUGCCUUCUUCUGCUUGUCUGACUUUUGGCUUCUAUGGCCCAUAUCCUGCCCUGCCCACCACAGAAAAGGAUGCUGCUGCACAGCUUCUCCCAUGUACCAGUCAUUGAGGCCAGCGCACAGCACUUUUAAUGUUUUUAGUGCUAGUAACCAUGUUUUAACUCUCCAGGAAUCAGCUGGGAGGUUAGAAAACAAGAAAAAAGAAAAAAAAAAAAAAAGCUCUCCACCCACUUUCCUUUUUUACAGGUACAGACCCUGUUGAGAAAAAGAAGCACCCAGAUGGGUGAUGGUGAUAGGGCUUAUGGUGGACACAGGGUUGUGGUAAGAUUUCUCAGUGUUUCGGAGAGCACCUAAGACUGUUACCCUGGAACUGACUGCUUUUGGGAGCUUGAUUCAUGCCUCUAAGCCAGUGGUUCUCAAAGUGUGGCCCCUAGACCAGUAGCAUUAGCAUCAUCGGGGACCUCAUUAGAAUGCAGAUUCUCAGCCCCCUCCCAGACAUGGUGAAGUCAGAAGCUCUCAGGGAGGGACUCAGCAGAUGAUUCUAAAGUGCAUCAAGUUUGAGAACCACCCUAAGUCAAUGAGUCUCCCUUUUACUUCCCAUUUGUCCUACCUCACAAGAUGAUUCCUAGGACUCAUGGUGCAAGAUACAGGAGCAAGGCUUUAGGGAGGGGAGGAAAGGAGCCUGGCGGCAGGGGUCUCUGCAAUGGCAAGAAAGCGAGUGAAUCCAGGGAUGCCACCUGGUCAUCCCCCUCUCGUUGAAAAUACCAGUGCAGGUGCACAUCCCUAAACACAGGCUGCCUGUACUCGGUGUUACCUCGGGCUGAGGCGUGAUAAUAUUUUAUUUUUUAAAGCUGUGAGGAAAUGAAAGUGAGGCUUUAGUGGGGGCGGGGCAGUUGCGAAAGAAAUUAAAAGAAAAGACCCUUUGUAAAUGCAGACUUAGAAGAAAUACUAAAUUUGUCAGAAGUAAGUUCUCCAGUGUUUGUGUUAAUCGUGUGAUGAUAAUCCUGUCCUCCUUUUAAAGCGAAUUCUCUACUGAAAGGUCUGCUCUGCUUAAGGAGCUACAAACUACUCUCAAAAGAAUGAAAUAGUGAGUUCCAAUUCAGUGGGGCACGGUGUUGGACUAUGGCACAUUUAGUUGGAGUCGGGGGGAGAUCAGGAAUAUGAUCAGAUAUUGGAUUUUAUACCUUAGAGUAAAACCUGUGUGUCUCUCUCAGUUUAUCAAUUUAAAUGGCUUUAGGCUUAGAGGGGGUGUAAACCUUAAGAAUAUAAUUCUCCCAUUCAAAUUCACAGCAAACAUCUAGCCACCUUCAAAACAAAGAAGAUACAAACCAUCAUUUAGCAAUACUAAUACAUGAUUUUCCUUGGGGAUGGCAGGUUUGAAAAUCCUUUAGCAACAGGACAUACUUCCCCUAAAUUACAAUGAAUUAUUUAUGACAAGAUAAAGCUUUCGGGUACAAACUGAAGGCAGGGUGUCUAACAACUAACAACUAUCACCAAACCUCAAAGAGAAAGUUCUUGCAAAAUAUGUAAAGUUCACAAGGUGCAGACAUUUUCCUUCUUUAGGCUUUUAUCUAAGGAAGGGCUAUGAAACUGGGCCCAUCUGUAUACAGGCUCGAAUUUACAUUUUUAAAGGAAGAAUCUAUGCAGCUGAGGCUUAUUGCAGGAAAUACUUCAUUUGUAUGUAAAUAUUAUUGUAAAUAAAUAGGAGGCUGUAUAUUUUUGCAGUUGUUGAUCCACACUGAAAUAGAAGUCUCUAGGAUCUGCAUAUAAACAAUAAAUGUUUCCUAGAUAUUAGUGGUUUUGUUUGGGAAUUAGAAAAAUUUACAUUCUCUCCCAGGUAACAUAAUUCUCUCAAUGUAAACUUGGAACCUAAAACCCUACUUAAUUGUUUAGAGAAAGAAAUGUCUGAGAAAUAGCUCCAUUGAUUUCUUGUGCUGGCAUUAAGAUCAAUUAUUUAACAGAUAGUCCUCUGAGAUAUAAAUAAGGAAUAUUUAGACACAAAUCCUUGUCAUAUAGAAACAGAUAUACCCAAAAUGACAAAUUGUUUCUUCAUAAUGAUCUUCCAUUGUUAACACUGAUACCAAUACAUAGUACAUAUGAAAACAGAAGUUGGGGAGAAGAAUGUUUUUUUCACAAUUGAAUUGCUGCAUUUCUCAAACUUUGGGAUCCAUGAAAGCGGGGAGAGGGAACCUGAAUAUGAAUUAUGAGCACAAAUUUGAAGGAAAGAAAACAAAGAACCAUUAUCUAAUCACGCUUUGAAAGUCCUGCAUGUUUGCCUUUUAUUUUAGUGUUGACGCCAACAUAGACUGUCUUAGGUAAUUUCUUCCCCAAACACUUGAAUCUUGGUCAUUGGUAUGUAAUCCACUCUCUAGAGUCCAGUGUACCUUAGACUUCAUCUGAGUCUGGUACAUGUAGCACACUACUGUUUUAUUAAUGUAAAAACCUUGUAAAUGAAUUUCAGAUGGGUGAUUUAAGUGAGUCACAAGUCACAAAACUUUGCUAUUCAUAGUUAAUCAAAUAGAACUGGGGUUUUUUCAGGGUGUGGUGUAAAUAAAGAAAUGUAAGAAGUUCUCUUCUAUAACUGCUCUGUUAACAUAGUUUUUAAACAUUAAAAAAUGUGAACUAAAAA